AUGGAAACACCGGCAUCAACCGGGGGCUGCAUAUCAGGGCUUCUGUAUUGGUUCUGUGAGCACGUGAAAUUGGUAAGCCAAGGAGAUCCAACAAACUUCCCGAGGUUCGUCAAGUGGAGGCUUACCGACCUUAGUGUUGGUUUGGCAAAUAACCCGUUGGAUGUUCUUGAUCCGUUAAUCGUGAACGACUCAAAGUUGGAGGCAACGGAAUUGGAGAAAGAGAUGCUCGGAUUUGUUGAGGUGCCGGAAGAUGAUCAUGUGAAGCCAGAAGAUGGUGAUGACCCAGACCAUGAUGAUGCAAAUACAGAGCUUCAAAAAGAAAAUGAAAUCCUCCGAGAAAAAAUCAAAAGGUUGACCGAGGAGAAUGAGCAAAAAGAUGCUACAAUUGCCCAGCUUCAGAAAAGAAUUUCGGAGCUUCAAGACGAGACAUAUGAGGAAACAGUUGCUGAACUCAAUUUUGAAGUGGAGACUGCUCAUGUUGAGAGGGAUUUUUUUGUGAAAGAGGUUGAGCAUAAAGAAGUUGAGAUCUGCAGCAUGCUCGUAGAGAACGACAUUAUAGCUGAAAAGCUAGAAAGAGCAGAGGGAACCAUUGACGACAUAGAGACACAUAUUAUUACCCAACAAUUCAAGACAAGUGAAAGUGUGGAAGAAGAAGAAAAAGAAGAAGAAAAAGAAGAAGAAUGUGGUCCUGAGCAUCAAAUGGUACCGGAUGAAGAAGUGGAAAGGACAACUAUUGAAGCUUUCACGGGUGUACUAGCUGAAAACAGUCCAAAACCAACCAAGAAAAAGAGGAAACAGGUGGACCCUUCAUCUCUUGUACAGAACGUGAAAAAUGAGACAAGAAUAGAGAAGAGGGAGGAUGGUUUCGUCUAUGAAGACCUAAAGAAGGUAAAGAAGAAUAAACAGGAGGAGAUGGAUGAUGUGAUACCAAAAUGGAAAGUUGAAAAAACAAAAUUGAGUAAAUGGCUGGAAGAAGAAGACAAAGUGUUGCUGAAUCUGUUUUAUGACCUAAACCAGGGGCAAGUGAAUGAAGAAGUCUGGACAGACAACGAAACAACUUAUACCAUAACUUUCAAAUCAAUAAUAAAGCUUUUGGAUGAACUAGACAUGGGGAACGAGGUAAUAGACGGGUACACAUCAAUACUGAAAAGGGAGCAGGAAGUUAAACAACUGAUGCAAGGAAACAGUGCGUUCUUCACAUCCACCUGCUGGACACUUAUCACAAUGGCAAACCAGUCCCCCAAAAAGUUUCUCCUUGAUAGCAAACUUGAACAACUCUACAACGAAUUACAUGACAGGAGCUUAGAUUACUUUCGGUACCUUGUUUUCCCGAUGAACUCUUCAGGAAAUAAGACGAACAAAAACAGUCCAUAUCAUUGGACUCUGCUUGUUUAUGAUAUGCAAGAGCAGGAAUGGAAGCAUUAUAAUUCAUUGAAACCAAGAAAGAAGGAGAAAUCAGGCGACCCUUACCUUAAAGAUGCUGCAAUAGUGAAAGAUGCUGUUGAGAAAUUCAUGAAGCAAUUGAAAGAAAGAAGGAGUAGUCAGCCACAAUUCAACUUGCUAACUCCCAUAGAGUCAAUCUUUAAAGAUGGUGCUCAACUAAGAACAGUGCAAGAAGCACCACAACAGAAUAUUGCUUCGGUUGAUUGUGGACCUGUUGUUUAUUAUGUCAUCAAAAAGAUUGCAGAGCUUGAAGAAAUACCACAAAAGAUUGAAAAAGAAGAUGUUUCAGCUUUUAGAGUGCAUUUGGUCCACAAGAUUUUACAUGAUGAGCCAAGAUCAUGGACGAAAGAAACGUGGCAAGACAAAAAACUAGCUCACGAUUUUACUUCUGAUCAGUAG